AUUCUUUAUCUCUUUCAAAAUCCUCUUAUGCUUUUAUUAUUUCUUAUGUUGAAAAGAAAAUUCACUUUUGCUGGCUCUAUUUCAUGGUUCCUGAUGCAUCUUACUCUAUCAUAAUGACCUCUCACGGGUUGCUACUGCUUAUCAAUACACUCAAACGAUCAAACGAUCAAAUACUCAAACAGAUACUCAAAUACUUAUCAAUGUCUACAAAUGAUCAUCAGUGCCUGAAAAUGCUAGUGAAUGCCUGUCCCAUGCUUAUCAACGUCGGAAAGCCCCUAAAGAAUUUUGCUCACGUCUAUCAAUGUCUGCUACUAAUGAAUACUGCUUUGGAGCAACUACAUAUUCAAAAAAGAAGAAGAAAAAACAAAAAAAAAAAACUAACCAGACAGGUCAUUACUUCUCUAUGCUGGAUCACCCUAAGAUGCUUCUAUUGUUAUGGCUCUGCCUCUACAGCUGAUGAAUGGCCCGUAAACCCUCCCUUGCUGCUGAGCUCGAUGGUUGCGAUGCUCCAAAGGUUCAAUAUUCCGAUGUCUCCACGGUCAUCACCCCUUUCGAAAUGCUUCGUCCUAGGUACUUAGAAGUGCACUCUUUGUACGUUGAAGCACCUCUUUCGUUGAACUUACCGUGGUAUGGUUUUGAGAUUGACUUUUUAUUUUUGAGUUUUGAGCCUUGAGUGCUCCUUAUUCAUGAAGGGUUUACACCGUGUAGUCUUCUGGCAUGCAGUCUAUGGUUCUAGUCAUCUUGGGCUUGAAAGCUAGCGAUAAUGUGGCUUUCUGGACUUAUGGAAAGAAAAAAAAGAAGAAAUCUCUAUUUGCUCUCUAAACUUGGCUAUCAAAACAAAAGUCUCCACUUGCUCUCUUAACUUGGCUAUCAAAAGAAAAAUCUCUACUAAUUCAAAACUCUCUCCCU